GUUCUGUGUACAAAAAUGUUUACCGAUGUAUCCAGAGGACGUCACGCCAACCUUGAUUUGAAGGUGAUGAAGGAUAUUAAGAGUGUCAUAGCAGCGCUGUCUGGAAAUAUGUCGACACUCGAAAUGUUACUGAGCCUCGUCUUUCUUCCAAGUAUUUUGGCUGCUUGCGAGCACUACGGUGUCACACUUACUUUAUCAACCCCAAUUGAGGCAUUGAGUGGAUCUUGCUAUCAAGUCCCAUGUCGCUUUGAAGAAGUCAAUAAAUUUCGUUCCGAAGGAGCGCGUGAAGGAGUGUGGAUUAAAAGUGGCAAGGAUAUUUACACAACUGCACAUGGAAUUAACAAAUAUCCAAUAGAAAUUACCGGAGACCUGGACCAAUUCAACUGCACCACUUUGCUUUCUGACGUAAACGCAAGUCUUGCAGGGGAGUACUUCUUAAGGCUUGACAACAAAAAAACCAUGGCAACAGCUUGUGCGGAUCCACUCCAGGUAACCGUGAGAGAUUUUCCAUGGAGUCCCAGCAUUAAUGUUCCCUCUGACCUGAAGGAGCAUCAGUCUGUCACUGUAACCUGCUCAGCUUUCACUCCCUGUCCACACUCACCUCCUGAACUCACCUGGAAUCUCCAACAAGACUCUCUCAGACAAACAGAGAAAAACACAGAUGGAACCUUUACAACUAAAAUCCAGGAGAGCAUCACUCUGUCAGACACACAUGAUGGAUACAACAUCAGAUGUUCUGCCAGAUAUCCUGUGAUUGGAGGAAACAAGACAGCAGAGACAGAAGUGACUCUCAGUGUUUCCUAUGCUCCUAGAAACCCAUUAGCAACCAUCUGUCCACCAGGUUUGGUGUCAGCAGGUAGCUGGGUGGAGCUGAGCUGCUCCAGCAGAGCCAAACCUCCACCCAGCUUCACCUGGUUCAGGAACAGUGAAGAUGGAGAAGUAAAAAUAUCUGUGGGGCAGGUUUACAACUUCAACGUUACUGAGAAAGGAGAAUAUUACUGCGUGGCUUCAAAUAAUCUGGGGAAUCAGACAUCAUCAGUGAUUCUUCUUAAUAUUGAAGUGUCUAGAGUUUUCAUCUACGUCACGAUGACGAUCGUGGGAUUGGUGAUGCUCUGUGGAUCCGUCAUCAUCUUUGAGUGCUGGCUUAGAUUCUGCAAGAAACCAUCGGAGGACACAAAAGAAGCAGAGUGACGGAGGCACAGGCAUCAUGAAAAUAAAGAUGUAAGCUUCACUCUGCAGUGGAGAAUUUCUCCUUCCCUACUCUGUCACAUACCUAUAUUACUUGUAAUGCUUUCUUUCAAACAUUCAGCCAUGCAGGCAAAUAUUUGAGCUAUAUUUUUGUUCAAAGUAAGGAAAUUAAAAUAUCUGCUAUGUUUUGAGCGUUGCUUUCGCUGCAUAAAAAUCAAUGCAAAAAUAAACAGAAGAUAGAAAAGCCAACAACUGAUUAUGUCAUCCAGAUCAUGUUACUGUGAAAUAUCACCUCUGUGUUUGUCGACCAGUAACAGUCUUCAGUCAGAGGUUUCUUAUUGCUGCUGGAGAUGUUUCCUGCUCACAGAAACUGCAACAACUCUUUCAAGUUUCUUGUGUAUUGCGAGUUUGUGUAACGUUAAAUUACCACUUAAGCAUCAUUUAAAAGACAGUACUAUUUUGAUCUUGUGAAUUUGUAAAUCCAUGUUACAUUUCUAUUUCUGUAACAGAAAUAAAUAUUCUCUAAAAACUG